AAAAAAGAGCUCGUGGAUGGCCGAGCCGUUGAGCUUGGCGAAGCGCCCCCAGGAAACGGAGCCGCCACGUACCUCUGGUCCCUUGCAGAAGGGACAGCGACGACAGGUCCCGUAAUCGUAAGGAGAGGCUGGAAGCUCCGGUCAUGGCCACCUCUGGCCGCCGACGGACAGUGGCCGCGAGGUGUCAGACCAAUGAAAAAACGGUCUUAGUACAAGACAGUGGAGACGCAGCGAACGAACUGGUGCUCGAGCAGCAAGAUGCCGAUGCUCGAGGAGGGGGUUUCCUGUCGUGGGCCCACUCGGCGUGGAACGACAUGUCCAUCAGCAACGACAUCGGCGAUGAAAUUCGUCCAUACGUCCUCGGCGCCACCGUCGGCGCGAGUAUUGUCUCGCAUCUGCUCGGAGCACUCGCAUCGUGGGCUGAACGCGACAUUCUGCAAGCCAUCCUGACCUUUCUAGGGGACGUCAUGAUGGCAGGCCUGUGCCUUGCCAUGUUCUCUUACGUGACGCGAUUUAAUUCUCGGUUGGCGGCCAAGGCGCACGUAGCGAAGAAAGGGAAGCUGAAGGUUUUGCUCCUCUGUCUCCUGGCGAUGAACGCCGGGGUUCUCGUGCUUGGAUUCCUCCCUUGCUUUUACGUGGUCUGCUCGGGACUAGCGAGGUCCUUGAAGGCCAUGCAAGAGGUGUGGUACCAGCGGCUUCUUGUGGUGUUCCUAUGGCUGUCAUAUGUUGGAGCCAUUGGGUCUUUCCCUGUAUUGGUGGCCCUAAUGGUGAACGAUGUGGUUGCCACGUUUCGAACCUUGGAGCUCCACUGGCCAGAGAUGAAGGAGGCGAGGAAAGCCUUCACUAAGCGAUGGCUGCAUCCACCUGCACUGCUGACAGCCAUCUUUACUGUCGUCUGCUUCUUUGUGAUUAUUCGGAUGUUCUGGAUCCCACACGUGUUUGGAGUUUCACCUAGAGACCAUGCGACUCCGCCGGCGAGGGGUGACAUCUAGAAAGUGCGACAGCGCUAUGGCGUUUCGACGAGGAGUUGGCCAGACGCAACGGUGUUCGAAUGAAUUCGGAAAUGAUUCCAAGAUCCCCAUCGAAAGUCUACAGCGCUUGUCCAAAAUGUCCCGUUUGUUUUUUUCACCAGCUCCGAAAUCGUUAGCCUCACGCAUUGUUCUCCUUGGACCUGCAGCGCUGCUGUACACUCUACAUGAAUCGUUCACCUGCGCUCGCACAUCUGCUGAGCACUAAAUAGUGAAAUCCAUC